AUGGUCGAGCCGAUAAUCCCCAACGAUGAAGCCAGGCAAAUGAAACGAGCGGCGGAGCCGACAUCUGACGACGGGUCCAGACGAAUGAAAAGAGCAGCUGCCCACAACAAGGAGGUGGAGCUCGCGCUGCUGGCCCAAGAUCAAGAUUCCGCCUCCUCCUCUUCCUCUUCCUCUUCCACUUUACUCGACUCGGUUGCCCCAAUUCCGAGCGAACGUACCAACACACCGAAAUACUUGAACGAUCCAGAGCUGGGAAGCCAGAAACACGUCAAAGUGUGGGAGACUGUACCUCUGAGGUUCCCACCGCGGGAUAGGUAUCCGCCUUCCGCUCCCGACAUCGCUUCCGACGAUUUGCGUCUCUGUGCUAUCGCGUUAGGUGUAGCUUCGCUAGGUGCUAGACCGACGUGGAGGCAAGGGUCACCUGCGGAAGCUCUUGCGGCGGUGAAUCAGGGUCUGGAUAGCAUGGUCAGAAAAGGAGACGCGGUGCACAAGCCUCCGAGCGACGAGGCGGAGCAAGAUAAGAACACCAGAGAUGAAGCUCUAAAGAUCAUCGAUGCGGAUGGAUAUUGGAGCUCGGCGUCGGUGCAUACUCGAUAUGGUGAUGAAUCGCCGGAUUGGAUGUUUGAAGAUUCCAAAGUGAGUGGCGAGGCGGCUUGCCGAGCAAUACAUUUCGAGGCGACCCGGCUGUGCUCGGUCUGCCUCCGCGCGCUGAUCCACCUUGUUGCAUAUUUCGAAUCGGUCGCAGCGGCUAGAGUGGCUCGGCGAUGCAGUGGUGGGGCUCGUAGCUCGCCACACUAUCAUGACGCGCUAUCCAGAUCUCAGCGUCGCUGGAGCCACACAGGCAUGGGGUCACAUCGUUUCCAACGACACAUUUGGGCAUCUCUGGGAUAUCGCCGGUCUGGAGGCAGUGCGUCUCAAAGUCGGGGAGCGCAUCACAUCGGAAGCUGUGCUGCAAGAGAAGCGCAGGCUGAUUGA